AUGGAGGGGCUGCAAGCUGAGAAAAACCAGAAGAUGAAUAGACAAAAGAAAAAGCCACAAAGAGUAUGGAAGCCAAUUCAAAAACCUGAUACUCAGAAUCAGAAUGCUGGGAGCAGGACAAAUAUCUUGAAUGAAUAUUUGCAGGCUGAUGAUGCUUGUCAGAAACCUCAGUUAUUGCAGCCAGGGAAGGAGAAUGUUCUCACUCUUACCAUGGAUAAGCUUGGAUUUUGGAAUAUAAGAGGUCUAAAUAAAGCUAGCAAGCUCUGUGAUGUCCUUUGGUUUAUUAGACACCAUGGAGUGGGUUUAUUUGGACUUCUUGAAACAAAGGUGAAGGCUGGGAAGUUUGGUGAUGUUUUUAGUAGGCUUGGAAGUGUCUGGUCUGUAUGUGCUAACUACCCUUACCAUAAAGGGGGUAGAAUUUGGGUGGUUUGGUUAUCUCAGUUCUUUGAUGUGACUGUGGUAAGAUGUGAAGUUCAAUUGAUUCAUGUUUAUGUAGUUCACAAAGCUACUGGGUUGAGUUUUGAUUGUACUAUGGUGUAUGGUCUGAAUACUACUGGAGCUAGAGUACAGCUUUGGGAGCAGAUUGUUGAGCUCAGUAAUAAGGUGAAAGGUCCUUGGAUCUUGCAAGGAGACUUUAAUAGUGUGCCGAAUCUGAAUGACAGAAUAGGGAGCACUGUGUCCUUAGCUGAGGUUGAGCCUUUUAGAUCUUGUCUAAGGCAUGCUGGGCUCACUAAUUGGGCUACAAGAGGAAUGUUUUAUACUUGGAAUAAUAAACAGGAAGGCAAGGAUAGGGUUUGCUCAAAGAUUGACAGGGUUAUAGUUAAUAAUGAUUGGAUGGUGAAAUUUGCUGAUAUGCAAGCUACUUUUUUCCCUGAGGGGUUAAUGGAUCAUAGCCCUUGUGUGAUCAAUUUGUUUGAUUCUGGUAAUCAUACUAAAAAGCCUUUCAGGUUUGUGAAUAUCUGGGUAGAUUCCCCAGACUUUCUUCCUGGGAUUAAGGAUGUUUGGUGUAAAAUGGUCUCUGGUACUCCUAUGUUCCAAUGUGUGAGGAAGCUGAAAGAGGUGAAGCACUUCCUGAAAGAAUCCAAGAUGGGUAGGUUCUCUUGUGUGGAAGUUGAUGAUGCAAUUGCUGAGAAAUAUCUUGCAGAUAUCCAGAUUAAGCUGCAAAGUGAUCCUGGGCAAGUGUGUGAUGCUUUUCUUCAGUAUUAUCAAGGGCUUCUUGGUACUAAGACUCAAAUGAAUGGUAAUAUUCAUCAUGGAGUUAUCUCUGAAGGUAAAGUGCUUUAUGAAGAUCAGAGCAUCAAUAUUUGCAGGGAGUUUUGUGAGCAGGAUGUUAAGAGAGCUUUGUGGAGCAUUGAGGAUGACAAAGAUCCUGGACCUGAUGGGUUUUCCAGCAAGUUUUUCAAGGCUACCUGGAGUUUGGUUGGUCCUGACAUCACCAAAGUUGUUCUAGAUUUCUUUAGUUCAGGUAACCUCCUUAAGCAGAUUAAUGCUACUACCCUUACUUUGAUCCCUAAAGUUGAGCAUGCUAAUAGGGUCACUCAAUUUAGACCAAUUGCUUGUUGCAAUUUGGUGUACAAGAUCAUUUCUAAAAUGAUUUGUGAUAGAUUGAAGGAAGAUAUGCUUAAAGCUUAUAGUAUUAAGAGAAAGCCUCCCAGAUGUACUAUUAAGGUUGAUCUGAGGAAGGCUUAUGAUUCUGUCAAUUGGAGAUUUAUUCAUGAGAUGUUGACUGCUCUUAAUUUCCCCUCCAAGUUCAUCUCUUGGAUCAUGCAGUGUGUGACCACUCCUUCUUUCUCUCUGCUGCUCAAUGGUGGUUCUUAUGGCUUUUUCAAAGGGAAAAAGGGUGUGAGGCGGGGUGAUCCUAUGUCCCCUCUCUUUUCUGUGAAACUCCUUAUUAGAGCUUUGAAAACUUUUGAGGCAAGAUCAGGGCUUCAAGCAAACCUUGAUAAAACAAUAAUUUACUUUGGGAAUGCUCAGCAGCAGGUUCAGGAUAGUAUAUUGAUGAAUUCUAGUUUUGUCAUUGAUGAUAUGCCUUUUAGGUAUCUUGGUAUCCCUCUAAAUGCCAAAUAUCUGAAAGUGAGUGAUUAUGAUAGCCUGAUUGAUAAAAUGUUGAUGAGACUGCAAUGCUGGAGUAGCAGAAACCUGUCCUAUACUGCUAGAGUUACCCUUAUUAAUUCUGUCCUUAUGAGUUUGCAUACAUAUUGGGCUCAACCCAAGAGGUUUGGUGGCUUAGGUAUUAGACACUGCAGAAAUUGGAACAAAGCUGCUCUGGGAAGCUAUGUCUGGAAAAUUGCAAAGAAAUCUGAUUCAUUAUGGGUUAGAUGGGUUCAUUCUGUCUAUAUCAAGGAUGAGGAUUGGUGGGAUUAUAAACCAAAGAAAGAUGCUGGUUGGGCCUGGAAGCUGUUAUGUAAGGUCAAAUAUGAGCUUAGAGAGGGGUUUGAGACUGAGGACUGGUUAAAUAAAAGAUACAGAAUCAAAGAUGGCUACAAAUGGCUUCAGGGUAACAUGGACAAAGUAAAUUGGUAUGCCUGGGUUUGGAAUCAUUUCAACAUUCCUAAGCAUACCUUUAUCAACUGGCUUUCAGCUUUGGAUAGGUUCAGAACUAGAGACAGGCUAGUUCAGUUUGGGGUCUGUGACUCUAAUGAUUGUCUUCUGUGUGGUGAGGAUGCUGAAACCAGCAACCACCUUUUCUUUGUUUGCAAUUAUAAUGCAAAGCUGGAAGAACUGGAAAAGAAGAGGCCAGGUAAAAACUGUAUUCAGCAAAAAGUGAUCCUGGCUUGCCUGUCUGCAAUUGUAUACAAUAUCUGGAUGGCUAGGAACCAUGCUUUCUGGUAUAAAGCUGUUCUCAGGCCGGAUUUACUAUCAAAAGGUGUAAAGAGAGAAGUUGUGACUAGAUGUCAGCAGAUGAUCAAUCACACAUGGAAGAUUGAAGAUUGUAAAUGGUUGCAGCACCUCAAGUCAUGCAUUUAA